GGGCAGGAGGAGUGUUUGAGGAAACUUGUUUGGAAACAGUCAGUAUUUUAUUUGGUGCCACUAGUGUGAGUGUGUCUUUGCUGCUUCUGGAGCUGCUCACAUUGUUCAGAGUUCUCCCUCAGUAAGGUAGAGAUCACUGUUGUGACAUCAUAGUGGAGAUUCCAUUCUGGCAGCUCUAAACUGCAGCUCUGACUCUGGUCUGCUGUUGGUGUGUUAGGAGUGAACAGAUCGAAAGACUUUUGUGACUUUCUACAGAUAUUGACGACAAAUAUUGAAUUUGCUUGCAGCAUUCAGUGUCCAUUAAUGGCUCUGUUUAGCAGCGUUUUUAGACGACUGUUUGAGCGUUUCGCUCACUUCUUGCGCAGAAGGGAGACACAGUCAUGUGCAGCACAAGAAUUAGCGGCAGUAAAGAAACUUCCAGAGGAGUGUGAGGCCUUCGACUUCACUGCCAAUGACCGGAAGUGCAGGAAGAGACGCCGCAAGGUACCUGAGAAGUGCCAGCUUAGAGAGAGAGAGGAGGAAAGAGAGGUGAAAAUAGAGGGAAAGAUCAGUCAUAAAGAUGAGGCUGAAGAGGAGAGCGAGCCACUCAGACUUGAAAUGAUAAAGAAGAGUGGACGUGUGCAUCUGAAAAAAAGAGAGAUGCACAGUCUGGAAAAGUUGAUGGAGGGAGGAAGUGAGCUUAGGGAAGCUGGAGUAAAGAAAAGGAAGAGAAGAAAACUGAAGCAACGGAAGACCACAGAGCCAACACCACUUCUUGUGGAGGUCAAACCUCUGCAUACUCCAGUCAGAUCUUUCUUCUUGAAGCCAAUAGAGGAAGAGCUACCAAUGCUUCCAAGUGUCUCCGAACACCUCUCUCUACCAGCCGCUCACUUCAAACCCCUGCCGCCAGUGACAAAACCACCCGUGAGUCCUCAGAAACUGGCUCCAGCACCUCAAGUGGAUCCUCCCAAACUGUUGACGGUUGCUCCACACCCCACUCCAGCUGCUGAUUUGUUUUCUUCAUCCCAAGGGCGUCAUCCCAAACGACUUCCUCCGAGCCCGACUCCUGCACCUGAUGAAGUUGUUGCUCUGCGACGUCCUCCCAGCCGGAAGCCUCAGCCGUUCACUUCUUCCCUGUUUGAGCUGCCUCCAGAACUCAUGCUGGUUGAUAUAGAGGAUGAGGAGAACGAGUAUGUGGAGUACACAGGGAAGACCUUCCGGGCCAGCGACUUACUCAAGUCUGCACGCCCCCAAACGCCAGAGGCUCAAAUUAAACAGAGAAAGAUCAUUGCUUGGUUGGAGAAGGACAGCGAGAUGCCAGAGGAAGCAUGGGAGAGUGAAGUGGUGGAGGUCCAGGAAUUUGAGGAAGAGGACCCCAGUGAAAUGGGAGACUCCAGCGCCAUUCAAGGCCAUGCCUCUCAGAAAACUGAUGAGCUCACAAUGAAGCUCUUCUAUGUAACCUCUCCUGACGGUCCCAAGAAUGAUACCCAGCACACUGUGAACGUCCAGGAGAAGUGCAAAAGAAAAGCGCCACCUUUUCUGUUCACCUGGGCAGAGGAGAAGGCCAAGAAAAAGGGGGAGAAGAAAAUAAUCAAGGAGAAGGAGCAACGAGAAAAGGAGUUGCUGCUUGAACGCUACAUGAACGAUCCGAAACUGAAGCACUUGUGGAUCAACAAGCACAACCGCAACUACUGCUUCUCCUAAUGCGGAUCAUCGUUCCCCUUCACCUUUAACCUUUGUAAAUAAAAUA